UCAUAUUUAAUCGCGUGCGGUACGAUCGCCGCCGGCAGCGGAGGUAAUCGUGCCGCCGGCAGCGCGGGGAAAGAUGGUGUCCGUCAGCCCAACUUUCAACGUCUCAGUCGGUGAGUGGACGCCGCGCGUGUCGUAUCUCCUCCUCCUUCUACCCCCGCUGCUCGCUCCAUGUGGCGCGUUGAUGCUGCCUGUUCAAUGGUGUUCACCCGUGCGGAGCUGGCUUGCUCGUGGCGUCAUGUUCAGUAGUUCCGCUUUAGUGAGAUCAUUUGUAAAUUAUACGGAACAUAACGCGAAAGUGGAAAGUUUCUGAAACUAAUGUGUUUUAUUGAAAUUUCUAAUGAGCAUUGAAUGCUUUUAAAGAAAAUAACCAAUUAAUUCAAUCAAUUAACAAUAAAAUAUAUUUAUCUACCUAACCUAACCUAAAAAUAAAUUACACUCAAGAUAACCACACAAAGAAACAUUACCAAGAUAUCAAUCCAUCAGUGAUAACAGGUCUGCGGGUCGGGAUGGCAAUCAUGUUGAUGGCGAGAGUGCCUCUCUUCUUCAGUUACCUUGCGUGUCUGGCGGGAGGUUUCGCCCCCAGCAUCGACAUCCCAGCUACAACCACCGAACCACCACCGACCACACCCGAUCCAGCCACAUUACCGUUCUUCCUCCACCAUCUCAACACCACCAACGUCACCAUCGGCAGGGGCAAGACGGCCACCCUCGACUGUCAGGUCUUCCGACUUCGAGACAGGACGGUGUCGUGGGUGAGGAGGCAAGGAGACACAAUUCACCUACUAACAGUCGGCUCCGCCACCUACCACAGUAAUGAUAG